UCACCACCAUCUCUUUCUCUUUCUCCUCUCUUUUCAACAAACCCACCCACCAAAUCCCAUGCCUUCAGGUGGGGCAGUGGCUUAUGACAUUAUGAGCCCCUCCGUCUUCCUCCUAUUCCUUGUCACUGUCCCUCUCCUUGCCCAUUCUGCCCCUUCUAACCCUCUAGGGUAUUUUCUAAACUGUGGGGGCUCGAAUGAGGUAACGGUAGACAGUCUAAAAUACACUCCUGAUGGAAGCUACACAAAGCUUGGAACUGUCGCCACAAUCAACAAAACAGACUUGUUGCCAACACUGUCCACAUUGCGUUACUUUCCCAACACGGCAUCUAAAAAAUUUUGCUAUUCAUUUCCAGUUAUCAAAGGAAACAAAUACCUUGUGAAGACUAUAUACUAUUAUGGAGAAUUUGAUGGAGGGAAAAAGCCACCUGUGUUCGAUCAAAUCGUUGAAGGGACAACAUGGAGCACUGUUGAUACAACAGAGGACUAUGCCAAAGGUCUUAGUUCAUAUUAUGAGGUUGUGGUAAUGCCCCAUGGGAAGAAGUUGAGUGUUUGUUUGGGUAGGAAUGAACAUACUGGCAGCUUAAGUCCCUUCAUCUCUGCUUUGGAGGUUAAGAGCUUGGAUGGUUCUUUGUAUAAUCCUACUGACUUUAACAAGUAUGCCCUUGUAUCUGUUUCCAGGCAUACAUUUGGAAGUGAAGAUGCCAUCAGUUUUCCAGAUGACAAAUUUAACCGGAUGUGGCAACCAUUUAAGGACCAAAAUCCAGUUGUGGCAAGCCAGUCAAAUAUAACAUCUUCAGACUUCUGGAACCUUCCUCCAGUUAAAGCAUUCAGUUCAGGAAUAACCACUAGCAAAGGAAAAGCACUUGAAAUUCAGUGGCCACCAUUGUACCUUCCAAGUACUUACUACUACAUUUCCCUCUAUUUUCAAGACAACAGACAUCCAAGCCCUUUUAGCUGGAGAACCUUUGAUGUUUCUAUUAAUGGCCACACCUUUUAUUCUAACCUUAAUGCCACAUCUAAGGGCGUCACAGUUUAUGCUGCACAGUGGCCACUUUCUGGACUGACCAAAAUUACUAUGACACCUUCUCCUGGAAUGCCUGUUGGACCUAUGCUUAAUGCUGGAGAAGUUUAUCAGAUUCUUCCCCUUGGCGGUCGAACUCAAACUAGAGACAUAAUUACAAUGGAAGAUUUGGCUAGAAGCAUUCAGAAUCCACCUCGUGAUUGGAACGGUGAUCCUUGCCGGCCCAAAGAGAAUUCAUGGACUGGAGUUACAUGCUCUAGUCAAUUUGUUGCACGAAUCACCGUAGUGAAUUUAACUAAUGCUGGCCUGGUUGGGACUCUUCCUCCAAGCAUUGGCCAUCUAACUGCUCUUUCUCAUCUGUGGCUUGGCGGAAACAAACUCACAGGCACUAUCCCUGACUUGAGUGGAUUGAAGGAGUUAGAAACUUUGCAUUUGGAGAAUAACAAGUUUGAAGGAAAACUUCCUCCAUCCACAGAGAAACUUCCAAAACUGCGCGAGAUGUAA